AUUGUGAUUCGGACUUUUUACACACCACACACACAAUACUAAAUCUCGUCUUUUUUAGGAAAGAAGAAAAUAUAUACUGCUUUUGCCUUACUACCAAGUAAAAAAAAUUAUCUCGUAUUUGAUUACUCAUAGUUGAUGAAAUUCCACAUAAGACGUGAAUGUGUGUCGUGAUUAGAAUUUUUUAAAAGCGAAAAAUUAAGGUGGAAGAACAGCAAAAGAGUGGAGAGAUAAAAAGGCAUUCGGAAGUUGGUGAACCAAUCAGUGAAACCACGAUGGUGUGUCGACAAUUUCUCAAGUUGUGAUUUUCUUUUUGGGGGAGAUCUCCCAAAAAAUUCCGUGGUGGCUCUUGCACAAAUUUUUCCAGGCAAUUUUCUUGCUUCUCUUUUAAACUUAAAGUAAAAGAAGAAAAAAAAACAUUCGCGUGUUCCAAGUAGACAAGACACAAAAAAAGCAAAAGAAUAUAAUACAAAUUUCAUAAAUAAAUAUUAUAGGUAGUUACACGGGCAGAAGAGCUAACAAAUUGAAUUUUUUUCACGGUGUGUGGAAAUUAUUGUUUGAAGGAAGAAAAGUCUGUGGGAGUUUACCGCACAAGACUUUCCCAUACAUAGCAGUGAAGUUUUUCCCUUUUCGGGGGGUGACACAGAUACGCAAGGGAAGAAAAGUUUUCUUCCCAUUUGAACAUAACAAUUUUGUGUGGUUUUGUGGAGAAAAAUUUUUUUUUACAAAUUUUUAACAAUUUUUUUUUGGCAAAGUGUAAAUUAAAGAAAAAAAGUGACAAUGGGUGGAUAUUCCGAAAGAUGCUGAGUUACCGCGAAGGGUAGGUGAGGAUGAUUCGUGCGAUUGCCAAAGCGGAAUGGUGAAAAUGGAAUCGAGCGAGGAGCAGGAUAGAAAAAUUGUCUUGGAAUUCUGUCAUCUACUCGAGAAGUCGAAGCAACUAUUCAAUGGACUCAGAGAUUUGCCCCAGUAUGGCCAUCGGCAGUGGCAGGCGUAUUUCGGUCGCACCUUUGAUGUUUAUACGAAAUUGUGGAAGUUUCAGCAGCAGCAUCGGCUCAUCCUUGACUCCAAGUACGGGCUCAAGAGGUGGCAGAUUGGAGAGAUUGCCAGCAAGAUUGGGCAACUCUACUAUCACUAUUACUUACGGACUAGCGAGACCAAUUAUCUCAAUGAAGCGUAUCAGUUUUACGCAGCCAUCAGAGGACGGGCCUACUACUCACGUGCCAUCAAGGAGGACCGACCUGAUCUUAUGGUAAAGAAGCUUAGAUACUAUGCAAGAUUCAUUGUGGUUUGUCUCCUGUUGAAGAAGAUGAAGUUGGUGCGUGAAUUGGUCGUGGAAUUGGAUAAGCAGAUAGCUGAGUACACGACAACGUAUGAACCCGAAGAUCAGCUAGAGUGGUCCCUUGUUCUCGAAGAGAUUAAGGGUUUCAUUAAGGCUGAAGCAGCCGUUGCUGUUCUCCAUGCAGACACAAAUCCCAUCGUUCUCUCCCACAGUGGUUCUGGUUCUAGGCUGAGUCCACUGACGACUCCACCGUGCGAGAGAUCACCCCAUAUGACGCUCACGCUGCAGGAGAUCCUUAUUGUUGGCUCAACGUGUGAACAAGCUAAAUUCUCUGAGCUCACAAUGGAUAUGUUCAGGAUGCUGCAGACAUUGGAACGAGAACCGCAGGAGUCAGCUGCUCAUCAUCCACAUGCCAGUCAUGUUGUUCACGACGCCAGCCCAGCCGGUGGACGGAGUUACGGAUGUGUUCCUGGCUCAAAAGGGUUUAUUGAAAAUGGCGAUCGUCGUCACUAUCGAGACAAUCCACACAAAUAUCUUCUCUACAAGCCUUCAAUUAGUCAACUCUUAGUGUUCUUAGCUAGUGGAUUGAAAGAAUUGCCACCGGGCGGAGCUCUACUACUCUACAUGUCUGCCGAUGGAUGCUUCUCCACCACCAAGCACCCUGAGGACUAUGGGUAUGAGCUUGGUGGUCUGGCGACGAGCAUAAAACGCGAUGGGACUGAUGCUGGGCUCUCGAGUCGCAGCAAAUCAACUGUGUUCAAGGAGCCUCAUUGCCUCUACCCGGGUGACCUCUAUCCCUUCACCCGACGCCCCAUGUUCAUCAUCAUUGACUCUGACAACUCAUUCGUCUUUCAGCACAUCCCAAGAUACUUUGGACAGCCUCUUGUUACCCUUAUGUCGCCUCAGGAUAUUCCGAUUGCUUUCCAAGAUAUGCAGCACCAUGGAUCCCUCUUUACACUCUUCCUCCACUCUCCCCUGACCGCUAUUUGCUUCGUCUGCCACGUUGGCGAUGUUCCAAUUCAUCACUGGGAGCGAUGUCAGGGAUACGUGGAUCGCUUCGUGACGGAAGCCUCACGCCUCGUGACGCGAUGCAGAAUUGAUGAGAUUGAGCAAGGAAUUGGAUAUAUCGACUCCUCCUAUGUCCAAUUCUUUGGUGAUGACUUUCUACGGACGCUCAUUCUGCGAUUUGUCUUCUGUGACGUGGUCCUUCGGCUCCAUCGUGGCUUCCGGGGACGUCAUCAGCGGCCAAGGUGCGAACCACCGCUACCGGCAGCGGAACUCCUUGAGCACCCAUCGCUUUCGCACAUUGUCCUGCAGCUGGCAAGUGCAUUGGAUGCCAGGGGUCACUUCUCGGAGGGCUCCGAGGGUGAAUGAUUGCGUCAUGGUUGCAUUGCUCAAUGCACAAAUCCACCCGCUUCCUUCUUCAGCAGCAAAACACACCAAAUCAGACAAAUAUUUACCCUGCGGAGCUAUUUGAUCUUCAUAUAGGCGCAUACUCCUUGGCACUCUCCUAAAUCAGAUUUAGGGAUGGUGAGAAGCUGGACUAGAUUAACCCUUUCAGGUCCAUUGGGUCAUACGCUGACCCAGACACAAUUUUGAGAAUAUUUCAUUUUGUAAAGUUUUUUUUUAUGAAUAUUGAGUCCAAAUUAGUACAAGACUCAGUUGGGCUUAAAAAUUUACGUCGGUUUUAAAGUUAAUAUUAAGGUUUUAAGUCAGUUUUUUAAGUCUGACCUAAAAUUUCAAGUCUGACUUAAAAUUUUGAAGGCAGUCUUAUGGUUUUGAGUCAGUUUUUUUAAGUCUGGCUUAAAAUUUUAAGUCGGUCUUAAAAUUUGUAAAUCAGUCUUGAAAUUCUUAAGGCAGAUUAACAUCUUACAAAUGUCAGAUGCUCUUUUUGGAACUUAAAACUUAAAAUUUUUAAGUCAGACUUGAAAAACUGACUUAAAACCUUAAGACCGACUUUAAUUUUUAAGCUCGAUGAAAAAUUUUGAGUUAGGAUUUUUUGCUAAAAAUGUCUUAUUUGAGCUCAAAUGAACCCAUAAAAACCAUUUUUAGUUCAAUCAACUCGCUAGAUUAGUCGCGGACCUUAAAGGGAUAAACCAGAGAA